AUGGAAUAUGGAGGGGAGAGCCAAAGGAGGCCAAGUCUGGAAACUGUAAGGGCUUUACACCAAACUGUUGUUGCCCUUAGAACUGCCCUUGAAGAAAGUAAAUUGGAGAUUUUGAAAUUGAAGAGUAAAGCAUGCCCUAUUGAAUCUGUUGAAGAGGCUUUUAAGAUUUUAUCUAUAGAAAAUCAUAUUUUGAAACAAAAAUUGUUAAAGUUUGAUCCGAAAGAAUUAUUGAAGGCACAAGAUACUGAAUAUACUAAUAUUCAUACAAAUGAUUCUCUAGAUAAUGAUGAUAUAAAGGAUGAAAUAUCCGAUAUUAAUAUUACAGAAAAACCAACAGUGAGAGAAGAAAUUUGUGACGCGAAAGAUACAAAGAAAUUAGAACCAGAACCAAAAGUUAAAAAAGUAACUAUUGUAUCUCCCAAACUAAGCCCCAAAAAAACUAAUAACAUCGAGGCCAGAAUAUCUGUAAAAACGGAAACUAUAAGUCCUAGAAACAUUACCAGGUCAUUAGAAAGCUUGACAAUACUAAAAUCACCAUUUGAUAAAGCCAAUAAAUUUUCUUUUUCAAAAACAAUUAGCUUUUCUAAUUUAUCUAGCCAUAUUAGUCGCGAAUUUAACUUGGAUAUUAAUGAAAGUCAAGAAAUGACUGACAGAAAUCAAGCCGGCAAACCCUCAGAAAAUAGUUUACCUGAAGAACAAACAGACUCUCAACAAUCAGAAAGUCAAAAUGAUUUAGAUCAAGCAGAAGAGGUUGAUGAUAUAGAACUAAUAUUUACUACAGAUGAAACGAAAGAUUCAGAUUUCAAAGAACAGUUAGUAUCUAUAGACCCAGGAGAAAGUGGAGCACAAAGUUCUAAUCGUUUACAAUUAACACUUAGCGAUAUGGAUCAGUCCGAUAGGGAAUUAGAAGAUGACGUAUUUAAUGAUAAUUUUGAAAAUGAAAAUCAAGAGAAUUCAAAUUUUCAGUCAUUUGAUAUGAAAAGAGACAAUUCCCAACUUUAUGAUUCUAAGUCAGAUACUUCUAUUAAUCAGGAAAAGAGUUUAAAGAGUUAUUACUCACUACAAGAUUCUAGUUUUGAAAAUAGAUCUAUAGAAAAAGAUGAAAGUUUUGACAGAUUUGAAGAACGAAUAAGAAUUAUUGAGACCGAUAUUUCAAAAUGUGGAAUUCAUGAUGUUGAAUACGUAGUUGGUAGAAGGAAUACUUGUCCGAAUCCUUUACAGUAUCGACCAUUAUUACACAGAGAGGCGUUAUCCAAAGGUUUAGGAUCUGGGAGAAAAACUAGACCCAUACUGACCCAGUCGAAUGCUGUUAGAAAAGAUUCUGGUGCCCAAACAGAUAUAUCUGCGCUUCCAAGAUCGUAUUGGAGAUCAGAAAGUAGUUUAGCAAACAAAUCAAGAUUGGGUGACAAUUUUACAACCUUACCUUCAAAGUUGCCGUUGCCUGGAUCCCGGCUACGUUUAUCAGAAAAAACCGUAGAGGCUCGACGUGUUCUGCUUUCAGAUAUCGGAUUCACGAGUAUGGUUCCCGAAUUAUCCAGAUCUGCAGAUCAUCUAUUUCCUCCUGCUUUGAAACCCUCUAGUGUCACUCCGACUUAUGGACAAUUUCUCAAAACAACAGAUUUGUAUUCUCCAGGAGGAUAUGCUUCUCAGAAAUUCACAUGGAGCGCCACAACAGCUUCUCCAAGUGAAGUCAGUCAAUCUCAUUCGCAUUAUGGCAGCAUGUACCCAUUGAAUUCUCUCUCCAUACCUUCAAGAAGAUGCUCUGCGCCGGUUUCUCCAUCUAGAAGGGGAGUAUUGAAGCACACUCCUUCAAAAGUCAGAUUCGCUAACGGAUCUUUACCAGAAUUGCGGGGAGAUUGGGGAACAGUCGAUAGUGGAGAUUCCACUGACAGUUUGGUUGAGGAAGCUGAGAAUUAUUUGAGGAGGUCGAUUGAUUGUAUUAUGACAGGGGAUCCAUCGUUUUCUUCUAGGUACAGUGAAACAAGGUCAAAAACGGGAUUGAGAAGAGCUUCAGCUCCUGAGCCCUCAGGAGACAAUGUUCCUCCUCCUGGAUGGUUGCCCUUCUUGCCAAGAAUUUCAAGGGAUUUAAAAUUAGACAAUUGGGUAAAAGUGAUAACCUCUGAGGGUAGAGUUAAGGGCGGUAGAGUAAGAUAUAUUGGACCAGUGGUAUCGCAAACUGAGCACUUUGUUGGUGUACAGCUCGGCAGUCCUGAUGGUUAUUGUGAUGGAACUUAUAAUAAUAGGAUGUACUUUCAAUGUGAACCUUAUCAUGGUAUAUUUGUGCCCUUCAAGAAGGUAAUCAUGGGAUGGAGGCCAUAG